AUGGUGAUGCUGCCCCUUCUCGUCUCUGGCCUCAUGGCGGCGGUUUCCGUAGCUGGCCCUAUGGACAUGAGGGCCGUUGGGCAUCAUUGUGCGACACGCAGCCCCCUGGAGGAGCGCGGGCUGUUCGCACGACAGAGGCCUCAGCAGAGCCCCCUGCCUGACGAUGGACAAGAGAUCAACUUGGGCUUUGUUUUGCAUUUCUGCUGCGGCGGGGGCAGCCAAUGCCCCUCGGACUCGGUCGCUGAAAAGGCCGUCGAAGACAUGAACGGGCUCUUUGCAAAUGGCAAGAUCAAGUUCAACCUGCAAAACGUUUCGCGUAUCGCCGAUCCACUCUGCAUUUCCGGUGUGAGAGAUAACAAGGCCAUGGACCAGCUGAAGUCGCGGGUCCAUCAAGGCAAUACGACCACUCUCAAUAUCGUCUACGUGCCGACAAAUUCGGGCGCAGGAACCAAAGGCAUGUGCAUCGUGCCGUCACCCGACACAAACAUUUCCAAGGGUAUUGGCGACGUGGACGGAUGCGUUGUCGCCAUGGACACUCUGCCCGAGGGUAAUAGUAGCAACGGCGUCAACAGUGGCAACGGCGGCAAUGGUCGUCUACAAGGAAAUAACGGAAGCGGCGGACGACUUGGAGGGCUAUUCGGCCGUCUUUUCAGUCGCCAGGACGGCGGCGUCGGCGGCGUCGGCGAGGUCGGGGGCGGCGGCAGUGCCCAUAUCAGCGGCGCCCUCGCCACGUCUGUACAUGAGACGGGCCACUGGCUUGGCGAGCUUCAUGCCAACGGCGGCGGCGACGUCGCCGGCACCGAAAACGUCAUGGUGCCUUGGUCGACAUUUGAAAGGCAGUAUUCAUUCAGUGCAGAUCAAUUCCAACGGAUGCGCCAGACGGCACUUGCUCGUGUGAAGGACAAAGACACCCCCGUGGCUAACAAGACGGAUACUGGCCCAGUAGACGGCGGCGUCAACACUCCCCCUCACCCUCCGUUUGGAAAUGGGGAUGACGUCGUCAACACAGGCGGCCAGGGAAAUCCCGUAAGACCUACUAAUCCCGGCUUUGAUCCGAUUGGAAAUGGGGAUAACAUCGUCAACACUCACCCUCAACCCCACCCUCCGUUUGGAAAUGGGAAUGGCGGCGACAACACAGGCGGCCAGGGAAAUCCCGUGAGACCCACUAAUCCCGGUUUCAAUCCGUUUGGAAAUGGGAAUGGCGGCGAUAACACAGGCGGCCAGGGAAAUCCCGUGGGACCCAUUAAUCCCGAUUUCCAUCCCGGAUCCGGCCGCCCAGCCACAGGCAAUUAUGCCGAUUUCUGGGCCUACGUCAAGCAAAUCCUUGGAGACCGCCGCGUUUCUGGCUUUGAAGUCUCCCGCAUCGGUGCCCGUGCCGAGCCAGGGGCGGAAGCCGACGCGUCUGGCCUGGUGCACAUUGCCCGACGCGAGGGGGCUGAGGCGGAAGCCGACGCGUCUGGUCUGGUGCACAUUGCCCGACGCGAUGACGCAGGGGAACCCGAUGGCUCUGGUUUGGUCCACAUUGCGCGCAAGUAG